UUAAAAGCAAAAAUACAAAUCUAAAUUGAGCACAAAUUUACAUUUAAAUUAAAUAUAUUCGAGUUGUAUUUGGAAAAAAUGAACGUAAUGAGUUCGUGUCGUUGUUGUAUGCGGUGUCCCGCGGACAAAGACCUCACUACACCGUACACGCAUCUCGGGAACACGGAGGUAUACGCCGAUAUGCUCAGAGAAUGCUUCGAUGUACAUUUGUGGGUGAGCUCAUCCAUCUUCAGCGGGAUCUGCUCGGGCUGCGUGAGCCGCCUGCGAGACGCCAGCAACUUCAAGCUGCAAGUGCAGCUCAGCCAAGUGGAGCUGCUUGCGCAGUUGCAGGGAUACAGGCUUGAAGAGAAAGAACCCACAUUCGAGCCGGAGGAAGACGAGCCCAGUGAGGAACUUAUGGCGCCGUCAAAAAGCAACGAGGAGUCGUCACCGAUGACGUUUGCCUACUCGGUGCAGUUGGAGCGCCUACGGGAGGAGCUGCGCGCCCGCCCGCGCCGCAAGCGCGUCCCCCGCCACGCGCCGGACUACACGCGACCCUACCAGUGCCACGACUGCGGUAGUCGCUUCAGAUUCAAGAAGGAAAUAAGCCGGCACAUACAAUAUAACUGCAUCGAAGGCCCCUUAGCUCUCAAGAACAGAAAUAUAAAACGAUACAGCUGCAAGCACUGCACUUACACGAGCAGAAACGAGCGCAAUCUACACUUUCACGAGUUGAGGCAUAGAGGAGAGAAACCGUACCGGUGCGACAGCUGCAACUACAAAACUACUCGGAAAGGGGAUUUCGAGAGGCACCAGAGCAUUCAUACUGGCGAUAGACCUUUUAAGUGUAACUUUUGCGAUUACAAGUGCAUUCAGAAACAUACGUUGUUGAUUCACAUGAGGAGACAUACUGGUGAGAAACCAUAUACGUGUAAACAAUGUAACAGACAGUUCAGGCAGAUACAGUGCUUACGAAAACAUCAGAGAGUGCGGCACCAAAAAAAGCCCAUUCAAGUCUCUCCGCGAUUACGCACCUCGAGAAAGAUAUUAAAUCUUGUUAAGUUCUAAGUCUUAUUCUUUGAAAUAUGGCUCCGUACCUUUCAUAUGUUUGUGGUGGUCAAAAAGAAAACUGUUCUCGAAAAUAUACUAAAAUACGGCAAAAAUUUAAGGAUCCUUUUCAUACAUAGACAAGAGGUAACCUACUACUGUUUCUGUUUAUCCUGAUGGUUAACUGGUAGAGAAUGCCUUUAGGCAUUAACCUUUUGGACGCCAAUGACCGAUAUAUCCGCACCGUAGGCUCAACGCCAAUUACCGAUUAAUCGGUCACAGACCACAGAGCAACAUGCAGCAGAGCAGCAUACGCAUAAAGUUCAAUUUCAGUUUUGACACUUCGGUGACGUGGCGUCCGAGUGACAGCUUUUGUGUUUGACACGGCGUCGAAAAGGUUAAGUCCGCCAUUUGUAC